GGAUAUGGAAGAUUUCAUUUAUCUUCUUGGAAAGGUGGAGCCACUCAUACGCAAGAGGGACACAAAAAUGAGGAGGGCCAUCAGUGCCAGACAGCAGCUGUCAGUCACACUACAAUUCCUUGCUACUGGAGAGUCGUUCAGGUGUCUGAGGUUCCAGCACCGGAUUGGCCGAACUACUAUAAUGAAGACCUGUGAAGCCCUGUAUGACGUCUUAAAGGAAGACUAUUUGAAGGGAACAGUGUCAGACGCAGGGCUGUUUGGCCAGUCAGACCUCCGUACUGCCAUGGAUAGAGAUCUACUGGAUGUUCCCUGUCCAGAGCCACUGCAAGAUACCAUCAUAAAUAUGCUAUAUGUGUUUAUUGGCGACAAAGCAUUUCCUCUCCGGACUGACUUGGUCAAACCAUACCCCUACCAGAACCAGGACCAUGGACAGCAAAUAUUUAAUUAUCACCUGUCGAGGGAAAGGUGUACAGUCGAAAACGCGUUUGGAAUUUUGGCAAACAGAUGCGCUUUUCUGACCAACGUUGCACUUGAGCCUGACAAAGUGACAACGAUCACACUUGCUGCUCUCACUAUUGACAACUUUCUCAGAGACAAGGCAUCAGAGGCCUACCUGCCCCCAGCCUAUGUGGAUAUGGAGGAUGAGAACCACAGAAUCAUCCUUGGAGCAUGGCGAAGGGAUGGAGAACUUGCUUCUGUGGCAGCAAGCAGGGCAUGGAAUGCCACAACAACGGCAAAAGAACAGCGAGACCAGUUGAAGGCAUACCUUCUGUCACCUGCUGGAUCUGUUCCCUGGCAGGAAAAUAUGAUCUAGUCAUGGACAUUCCUUCAGACACCUGCUUUAUGUGUUCCCUGGGAUGAAAAUGAUUUAUUCAUGGACAUUCAAAGUAGUUUUUUUUUGAAAGAGCACCUUCUUGCAGAAUGCUAAAUAGUUAAAAUUAAUAUAUUUCUGAUGUGUUGAAAGCAAAGAAAGGACCAGAGACUAUUCUGAAAAGUUUAAGUGUAAACUUUUGUUGACAUUAAAUGUCACUGAACAUGUCAAGUGUUUACUUCCCUUGAGUCAUUGAAACAAUAUGUUAAUGAUUUUCACACAAGGAAACAUAAAUACAAUGUUAUAUAAAGAUGACCAGCUUUGUCAUAACACAGCUUGUAAACAUAAAUGUAAAUGCAAUGUAAACAUAAACUGGCUUUCAAGGCUCAAUAUGGCUGCUACCUGAAUUGAACAACAUUUUAACAUUUCAUAGUGUACAGUCUAGCACCACAGAAGAGAAGAAACUGUUUUCACAGACUUUCUAGCAUGUCUUUAUCCUGGUCAUAUGGCUCAUGUAGUGCAGCCGCCAAGUAGCUCACUGGAGCAGGUGUUAUGUGGCUGGGUAAAUUUUGAUAGUAAGAUGGCUGAAUAUUAUGAGCCUGCUGCUAAGGUGUUUGGUGAAUGUACAUUGGCUGUGUUGCGCUUCGGGGGACUGGAUGUGAUGGGGCUCUCUGCUCAGCAUCUUGGUCACUGGAUCCUUGAUUUGCUUUCUUUAACUUAAAAAUGUUUCAUCAACAUCCUGACUAGCACCUAGCAGUGUUUGAGACACAUUUUUUAAAAAUGGCAACCUUCUCCAUUUCAUUAUCAUCAGAUCCCCUGCCCUUUGACUUUUGUUUGGUCUUAUGUGCCCUAUCUGUUUUUUUAGCUGCCACCGGACUUGGAUGUGAUGAUGCACUUUCAGGUGAGUUCAGCUGAGUUGAUGGAAUAGAUGCACUGGACUCCUGGACCAAAGUUGGAGGUGGCAAGGUAGAGGUAGAAGACUCAGACACAUCAUCCUCUGUCUCCUGGUCAUCACUGCCCUCCUCUACAGCAUCUGUGCUGACAGGUUGCCUAUGAUCUACCUAGAAUAAAGAAUACCAUUAGAAAUAUAAGGCAGAGAAGGGAAUAAUACA